AUGUCAGAUAAUCUGGUUCAACCUGUUGGGGGGAAAAAUGUGCUUUUCCUUCUAUUUGCGGUAGUCCUAACAGUCACGUGCCUUCUUCUGGUUCCUUUUGCGCAGACCUGCCUGGAGUUGGAACGCUACCUCCAGAGCGAGCCCUGCUAUGUUUCAGCCUCAGAAAUCAAGUUUGACAGCCAGGAAGAUCUGUGGACCAAAAUCAUUCUGGCUCGGGAGAAAAAGGAGGACUCUGAACUGAAGAUUUCUGCUAGUCCUCCAGAGGAUGCUCUGAUCAGCCCGAGCUUUAGUUACAACCUAGAGACCAACAGCCUGAACUCAGAUGUCAGCAGCGAAUCCUCUGACAGCUCCGAGGAGCUUUCGCCCCCUGCCAAGUUUGCCUCUGACCCCAUCGGCGAGGUUUUGGUCAGUUCGGGAAAUCUGAGCUCCUCUGUUACCUCCACGCCUCCGUCUUCUCCAGAACUGAGCAGGGAGCCUUCUCAACUGUGGGGGUGCGCGCCCGGGGAGCUGCCCUCGCCGGGGAAGGUGCGCAGCGGGACUUCGGGGAAGCCGGGCGACAAGGGGAGCGGCGAUGCCUCCCCGGACGGCAGGAGGAGGGUGCACAGGUGCCACUUCAACGGCUGCAGGAAAGUUUACACCAAAAGCUCCCACUUGAAAGCGCAUCAGCGCACGCAUACAGGAGAAAAGCCUUACAGAUGCUCAUGGGAAGGGUGUGAGUGGCGUUUUGCAAGAAGUGAUGAGUUAACCAGACACUUCCGAAAGCACACCGGUGCCAAGCCUUUUAAAUGCUCCCACUGUGACAGGUGUUUCUCCAGGUCCGACCACCUGGCCCUGCACAUGAAGAGGCACCUCUGAGGGAACAGAGAGGUGAAUCCUGUGGCUAACAGGCUUCCAGGCUGCAAGACGGCCUGAAGGCGGGAUGCGUGUUCCAGCCAAAGCAUGCCAUUUUGCACCCCGCCCAGUCGCCUCCAGGGCCUCUCCUCGGAAGGUCUUUUGAGGGCUGAACACGUCCUGUGAGACGCGGCGUGGCACCUGUGGUGCGUGGUGUGUGGGUGACCCUGGACUCGCCACUGGUCCCUGACCUUCCGAGCGGCUCCGAAGCCUUUGCCGUGAGCAUGCGCCCUGAGAGUGUCCGUGGUGGGCUGGCUGAGUGUUGAGGAUCUGUUACUGACUGCGUGAUGGGGCAGACUUUUCCCCUUGUGGGAGCAAGACCGCAAGGGACGGAGAAAAAAGUAGCUUGAAUGUUCUGUGUGUACGGAGUAUACCGUGAGAUGAGGUGACCACCAGUCAUUUCCUGGGGGGGUGUCUGCACCUUAGAAAAAACAAAAACAAA